CCCCGCCGGCUCCGCCGUUCCCCCCGCAGAACCGAGGGGUCCCCGCCGCGGGGCUGCGGCCACGCACGGAGCCAGGGCAGAGCAUGGCCCCAGCCCUCCCGCUGCUGCUGCUGCUCUGGGUCUUUGUCCCCACAGUGGUCCCCGAGGGGUUUGGCCCCGGAGAUGGCACAGAGGACCUCAAGGCUCUGCAGGUCUCCAUCCCACGCCACCCAGCCCUGGACGCUGUGCUGGCAGGCGACAUCACCAUCCCCUGCCUCAUCACCUACCUUGGCCCCCAGCCCACCGCUGGCAUGGGCGGCCGCCGGGCAGUGCUGGGAACCCCCCGGGUCAAGUGGACCUUCAUCUCUGAGGGCAGGGAGGUGGAGAUCCUGGUAGCUCGGGGGGACAGGGUGAAGGUGAGCGAGGACUAUCGGCUGCGCGCCUCCCUGCCCAUCUUUCACCAGCGCUACACCAACGCCUCGCUGCUGCUCACCGAGCUGCGCCCCAACGACUCGGGGAUCUACCGCUGUGACGUGCAGCACGGCAUCGAGGACGGCCACGACAUCCUCGAUGUCAAAGUCAAAGGGGUGGUGUUUCAUUACCGGGAGGGCUCCAUGCGCUACGCCUACACCUUUCCCGAGGCGCAGGAAGCUUGUGCCCGGAUCGGCGCCAGCAUCGCCACCCCCGAGCAGCUCUACGCCGCCUACCUGGGGGGCUACGAGCAGUGCGACGCCGGCUGGAUCGCCGACCAGACCGUCAGGUACCCCAUCCAGACGCCCCGUGAGGCCUGUUACGGGGACAUGAACGGCUACCCGGGGGUGAGGAACUACGGAGUGGUGGACCCGGAGGACAUGUACGAUGUGUACUGCUACGCUGAGGACCUCCCAGGGGAGAUCUUUCUGGAGACGGCCCCAGACAGGUUCACGCUGGAGGAGGCGGCGCAGCGCUGCCGGGCGCUGGGUGCGGAGCUGGCGAGCCCGGGGCAGCUGUACGCAGCCUGGAACGCGGGGCUGGACGCCUGCAGCCCCGGCUGGCUGGCUGACGGCAGCGUCCGCUACCCCAUCGUCACCCCCCGGGAGCGCUGCGGCGGGGCUCUGCCGGGCGUCAAAACCAUCUUCGUGUUCCGCAACCAGACGGGAUUCCCCGACGCCCAGAGCAGAUACGAUGCGUACUGCUUCCGAGAAGGGACAAACUCUUUCCCUGAGGCUGCAGGAAAAUACCAAGCCCAAGAGCCUGAGGAGAAUCUCCUCCAGGAGAUUGUCACAGUGGCAGAAAAGCUGGAGGAGCUGCAGCUGCCCAGAGCGCAAGUGGAGAUUGAGUCGCGAGGGGCUAUUUACGCCGUCCCUUUCUUUGAGGACACUGAUCUGAGAAAGCCGAGCCAGUCCCCCGAAGACGCACUGGGGCCAGGGGCCCGGCACCCCCCACUAGCUACCUCCGUGUCCUCAGGUCACCCCACCUCUGCCCCCCCUUCCCCCACAGCCCUGGCCACCCCCGAGGCAGGUGUCCCACUUAUGGGGAGCCCGUCCCCUGCGGAGCAGAAUGGGGGGACAGGGACAGUGGGGACUUGCUGGCAGGCGAUGCGGCUCCCGGCGCCGGCCUCUCACUGCCUUUCUGCCUUGCCCUUUGCAGAGGAGGAACAGGGAGCAGCGCCGGGCAGGGGCCCUGGCAGCACAUCGGCGGAGAGCCCGAGCGGAGGGCGAGACCCCGGCCAGCCCAUGGAGCCAGAGGGACCCACCGGUGCCCCAGCAGGUGACACGGAGCCUCCUGAGGGCUUUCCUCGGCCGCCCAGCCCCGUGCCCCCCACGCAACGCCCAGCCCGUCCGCGGGACGCCUUGGGGCGGCCGGCCCACCCUGCCAGCCCUGGGGAACCUGGGCACCGUCCGACAUCGCCAACCGGUGCCGCUUCUGCCUCAUCGACAGAGAGCCGAGAACCUGGCGGGGGUCGCCGCCGCGGGCACAAGUCCGGGGGGGCGAGCCCCUCGCUUUCCGCCGCUGAAGACGCCGAGCUCUCCGGAGAUGUGGUGGAAAGCCCUGGCGCGUCCCCGCUGCCUCCUGCGCCCUCGCAGACGCAGGAGGAGGGAGAGGAGCAGUCGGGAGCAGUGUGGCUCCCCUCGGCCGUGCGCCCGGGGGACGGGAGCACUGUCCCCGCAGUGACACCGUGGCACGCGGAGCUGCCCGGCAGCAGCAGCGCACCGGCCCCGGGAGGAGAGGAGGCAGCGCCGCCACCGCCGGGCUCCGAGGAAGAGGAGGAGGAGGAGGAAGAGCAACCUGCUCCCUCCGUUGCAACCGUGGAGGGUUUCCUUGAGGCCGUUCCUGGAGAAGCAGGUGGCUGUGUCCCCAACCCCUGCCUGAACGGAGGGACCUGCGUGGAGGACGGCGCCCACCUCACCUGCUUGUGCCUGCCUGGCUACGGAGGCAGCAGCUGUGAAAGACCACUGUGGAGGUGCAGCCCCGGCUGGGACAGCUUCCAGGGCGCCUGCUACAAGCACUUCUCCACUCGGAGGAGCUGGGAGGAUGCAGAGACCCAGUGCAGGCACUAUGGGGGGCACCUGGCCACCAUCCUGACCCCCGAAGAGCAGGACUUCAUCAACGACCAGUACAGGGAAUACCAGUGGAUCGGCCUGAACGACCGGACCAUCGAGGGGGAUUUCCAGUGGUCUGACGGGAGCCCCUUGCUCUACGAGAACUGGCACCCCGGGCAGCCCGACAGCUACUUCCUCUCCGGGGAGAACUGCGUGGUCAUCGUGUGGCACGAUGGGGGCCAGUGGAGCGACGUGCCCUGCAACUACCACCUGUCCUACACCUGCAAAAUGGGGCUGGUGCAGUGCGGGCCCCCCCCCGCCCUCAGCAAUGCCCGUGCCUUUGGCAAACCAAAGCAGCGCUACGAGGUGGGCUCCAUCACACGGUACCAGUGCCGGCACGGCUUCGCCCCGCGCCGCUCGCCCAUCAUCCGCUGCCGCCAGGACGGCACGUGGGAGCCACCCCAGCUGGCCUGUCGCCCUGGUGAGUGA